AUGUCGAGGACUCUGGCAUCUUAUCUCGUCGCCGCGGCGUGCGUCUACGCCUGUCUUCCAGACAAAGACGAACUCGCUCAUCUACGCUCAAAGCGAAAUGCUCGUACCUCUCAUAGUCGACAUGUUAAGCGAGAGGUCGUGCCGUUCCCACCAGUUCUCACGGAGACGGAGACUAUGCUUGUCAACUCGUUUGAUAAUAACAGUAUCUCUGACUGGUCACUUUACUACUCCUCCGGAUACCGUCUAGCAGGCCACAACCGAUCUCAGGCUGAGUGGACGCAGCAGAAGUGGAUCGAACACGGCUGGGAGUCUUGGAUUGAUGAGUACUGGAUUUGGUACACGGAGCCAAUUGAGAGUACCCUCACGCUGACUCGGGCGGACGGAUCGGCGCAUGAGGUUCAAAGACUCGAGGAUGCUCUUGAUGUUGAUGCUCAGACGAACAACCCGAAUGAGCAGCCAGCGUAUCACGCACUCUCGGGUAGUGGAAAGGUCAAUGCUGAAUACGUCUACGUUGGACGUGGCUCUCGCGAGGACUACAAGAAGCUCAAGGAUCUAGGUGUUGAGCUUGAAGGCAAGAUCGCUCUAGCACAAUAUGGUGGUGCGAACCGUGGUGUCAAGAUCAAGAAUGCUGAGGCACACGGCAUGAUUGGUACCAUUCUGUACACUGAUCCCCUCGAGGACGGCGAGAUUACCGAAGAGAACGGUUAUCUCCCAUACCCAGAUGGCCCUGCUCGCCACCCCUCUUCCAUCCAAAGAGGUAGCACCCGCUGGGGAUCGCUCUCUUUCGGCGACCCCUCAACAAUCGGCUACGCAUCAACCAAGGACGCUCCUCGUGGGGAUAUUACCUCCUACGGUCCUAAAAUUCCCUCUAUCCCCAUCAGUCCCCGAGAUGGUCUCCAGCUUCUUCACGCCCUUGACGGCCACGGUCUGUCAGCUGAACAGGUCAACCGAACUAACUACAAAGGAGCUUUCUCAAACGUGACAUACCACAGUGGUCCUGCGCCUGGAGCUACACUGAACCUUGUCAAUAUCAUGGACGCCAGACUUGAACCCGCUUGGGACGUGAUUGCGUCCAUCAACGGAACUAACGCUGAUGAAUAUGUCAUCAUUGGAAACCAUCGUGAUGGUUGGACUGGUGGCGGCGCUGCUGACGCUGUCUCUGGUGGAUCUCUUCUCAUCGAGAUGGCUAAAGCAUUUGGAAAGCUUGUCGAAAAGGGCUGGAAGCCUCGUCGAACUAUCAUUCUGGCUUCCUGGGAUGCCGAGGAGUUUGGUCUCAUGGGCAGCACAGAGUGGGUCGAGGACCAUCUCCCUGAGCUCAAGGAAAAGACAGUCGCCUACAUCAACCUCGACACAGCAGUAUCUGGCCCACGCGCAGAGAUUGUCGGAUCGGGGGAGAUCCAGACCAUUGCUAUCGAGACCAUGAAGAAGGUCAUAUUCCCCGAGGGAUAUGGAGCGGGGCCAACAUUGUAUGAUGCUUGGUUCAACGCCACCGAGGGAGUACUGCCAGCCAUGGGCAGUGGUAGCGACUACGCUGCUUUCUACCAUAACGGUAUCAGCUCGCUCGAUAUUGCUGGUGGCCCUGGCCCCAAGGACCCUGUGUACGCGUAUCACAGUCUAUAUGACACCCACCACUGGAUGACGAACUACGCAGACCCAGGCUUCCAUCUCCACGCCGCGAUGGGCCAAUUUGUCACUCUCCUCACUUACCAUAUCGCCGACGAUCCUUUGAUUCCAUGGGAUAUGCCUCAUGCCGGCUCCGCUCUCCGUGACAUCUUCGAAGAUCUGGAAGAGAAGCUUGAAGAUCGUUUCCCCGACUACACUGUUGAUCUCAGCCCUCUCGACGAAGCAGUAUCUGCCUUUGAAGCUGCGUGUAAGCACAUCGACACUCUGGCUAAGCAAGCUCUUGCUCUCAACGACAGUGUUCUUCUAGGCGUUGUCAACACCAAGUUUAGGGAGUUUAGCCGCGGUUUCGCGAGCGCUGGUCUUUUGCCAGGACGAUUCUCGUUCUACAACGUUGUCAGUGCACCAGGUCUGGAUAGUGGUUAUGGAGCGGAUGUUUUCCCGGCUGUGCAGGAUAGUUUGGAUCAGGGUAACUUGACGCAGGCUGAGGAGUGGGUUGAGAGGAGUGCUAAGGCUGUUUUGAGGGCAGCUGAGAUUCUCAAAAUUGGGGUGUAA